AUUAAAAAAAUAAAAAUAAACAUAAUGACCUAUGAAUGUCAUCUAAAAAAAGAUUUAAGUACUAAAAAAAGACAUAACAAUCAGUUACUCAUCAUAUACAUAUAUUAUUCGUGAUAUUUGAAAUUUGUUCAAUUGUGUAUUUGACCAGCAGAAGCACAGAGAUCAAUAACAAAGAAUAGCCAAACUGAUAAAAAUAACAUUUAGAUGAAAGGAUCAAACUUAAAAUAUUCAAGCAAGGCAGUCAAACGGCAGUGGCAAGACAAAAAAAAAAAAAAAAACAAUAAAAGAGACCAUGAUCCAUUUAGCCUCUCUCUCUCUCUUUUUUAUAUACACACUCUGAGUAGAUAACUUGUUCUUAGGGAGAUAUCUAGAAUUAACUCUCCAGACCAAGAAAUUAUGGUGUUCUUAUUGGAUAUUCUAUUUUACUCUCUCCCUCCAUUGUUCUUCUCGGUAGUCAUCCUUUUCAAAUGGCUGUCCACCGUAAAAACCCAAAGAAAUCCACCUCCUUCUCCACCAAAGCUACCAAUUAUCGGAAACCUCCAUCAACUUGGUGUGCUCCCCCAUCGUUCUCUCCAAUCACUAGCUCAACAAUAUGGACCGAUCAUGCUGCUACACCUCGGCAGCAAACCGGCUCUCAUCGUCUCCUCUGCAGAUGUAGCUCGUGAGGUCAUGAAAACCCACGAUGUCAUCUUCGCAGGCAGACCUAAAUCAAGCAUUGCCAGCAGACUUUUCUAUGGGAAGGACGUCGCAUUCACUCCUUACGGAGAGUAUUGGAGGCAAGUAAAAAGCAUUUGCGUGCUCAACCUUCUGAGUAAUAGGCGAGUUCAGUCUUACCGUAGAGUGAGAGAAGAAGAAACAACCCUUUUGACCGAGAAGAUCAAAAGGGCUUGUUCUUCUUCUUCGGUGGUGAAUUUGAGUGAAAUGUUUGGUUCACUUACUAAUGAUGUAGUGUGUCGGAUAGCCUUGGGGAGGAAGUACAGUGAAAGCUCGAACAGUGGUAGAAAUUUUAAUGAGAUUUUGGGGGAUAUUGGGGAACUAACGGGCGUUUUCAAUGUGGGGGACUAUAUUCCUUGGCUUGUGUGGUUGAAUCAAAUUAAUGGUUUGAAUGCUAAAGUGGAGAGAGUUUUUAAAGAGGUGGAUGAAUUCUUGGAGGGUGUAAUUGAUGAUCAUAUGGACAGGAGUGUUGAUGAAGCUAAAAAACAACAGGACUUCGUGGACGUCUUGCUUGAAAUUCAAAGAGAAAACAUGGAUGACUUCUCUUUUCAAAGAGACACUAUCAAAGCACUCAUCUUGGAUAUGUUUUCUGCUGGAACUGAAACUACAUACACAGCUCUAGAAUGGACGAUGACACAGCUUAUGAGACAUCCGAAAGUCAUGAAAGAACUACAAAAUGAGGUGCGAGGGAUAGCCAGAGGCAAGGUAGAAAUAACCGAGGAUGAUCUUGAGAAAAUGCAAUACUUGAAAGCAGUGAUCAAGGAGUCUAUGCGAUUACAUCCUCCGCUACCAUUACUAGUUCCCAGGGAAUCAACCCAGGAUGUCAAAGUAAUGGGCUACGACAUUGCAGCUGGGACACAAGUGUUCAUCAAUGUUUCAGCAAUUGGGAGAGACCCAUUGUCGUGGGAAGAAGCCGAAGUUUUUCGGCCAGAGAGGUUCUUGAAUUCUUCAAUAGAUUUCAAAGGGCACGACUACGAGUUGAUUCCAUUUGGAACUGGCCGGAGGGGUUGUCCAGGCAUCCACUUUGCCAUAACUAUCUAUGAGUUUGCAUUAGCAAAUCUUGUGCUUAAGUUUGAUUUUGCAUCUCCUGGUGGGGACAGUGAAGAGGAUUUUGACAUAACUGAAGCUCCUGGUAUAAGUAUCCACAAAAAAAAUCCUCUAAUUGUUGUUGCAACUCCUUGUUCUCUUGAUAGUGUACUUACUACAUAAUGGAUGGAAAUUGUACUGGCUAAACCUUUAUAGCGAUGAAUGGAAA